AUGUCAUCUUAUGAAAAACAAAUGAAUUUCUACUCAAAAACCUAUCCGAACAUUUCUAUUACGAAUGCUCUCGAACUAGCUUUGAGUGAUGUCAUGCGGAGAGCAUUCAAUUACACGUUUUCAACAUUAGCUCGAUCGUUAAAUGCGACUGUUGUAGCCGGUACACUAGGGCCGAGAAUUCUUCGUUCGGCCGAUCGAGAAGAUAUUGACUUUUUUGGCGACCCUGAUCUCUAUCCAAAUCAGACAGAAGUGUAUCUACCAUUGACAAAAGAAGUCUAUAAUACGGUUCAUGUUUACGCACCGAAUGGUAGUUUGAUUGCAAGCCGUGACAAAAUGAAUUUGACUCCCGAGGAAGUUCAGUUGUUGCAAUUGACGGCAGGAAAACUCGAAGAUAAUCGAAUAAUUUGCUUGGACACACGGACUUAUGGGUCUUUUUGA